AUGGACAUUGAAGCAUAUUUUGAAGUAAUUGGUUAUAAAUUUGACUUGGAAACCAUUUUUCAGCACCAGAUCCGAGCUGUUCCCUUUGAGAACAUUCAUCUGCAUUAUGGGGAAGCCAUGCAACUGGACUUGGAGACUAUUUUUGACAGGGUUGUGAGGAAUGGUGCGUGGUGUUUCCAGCUGAAUCAAUUUCUCUAACAGGUUCUGACCACAAUCGGUUUUGAGAUCACUAUGUUGGGAGGGUAUGUUUACAGCAUUUCAGCCAACAGAUACAGCACUAGCAUGAUUCAACUCCUACUGAAAGUGACCAUUGACAGCAGGAACUACAUCUUCGACACUGGGUUUGGAAGGUCUUACCAGGUGUGGCAGCCUCUGGAGUUAGUUUCUGGGAAGGAUCAGCCUCAGGUGCCUUGUGUCUUUCGCCUGACAGAAGAGAAUGGAAUCUGGUACCUGGACCAAAUCAGAAGAGAGCAGUGCAUUCCAAACCAGGACUUUCUAAAUUCUGACCACCUGGAAAAGAGGAAAUACCGCAAAAUCUACUUCUUUACUCUUGAACCUAGAACAAUUACAGACUUUGAGUCUGCAAAUGAAUUCCUGCAAACACAUGCAGCAUCUGAGUUUUAAAGGACCCUCGAUGGGGUGUAUUGCUUACUGGGUUUUACUCUGGCUUAUAGGAAAUUCAGUUAUAAGGACGAUAUGGAUCUGGUAGAAUUUAAGACACUGAAUGAGCAAGAAAUAAAAGAAGAGUUGAAAAGUGUAUUUAAUAUUUCCUUGGAGGGAAAGUCUGUGCCUAAGCAAAUUCAUCAGUAUUUUACUAUUUAA